AAACGUGUCGUCAGUAACAAUGGAAGAUCUUAUAUUGGAGAACUGUCGACAUAGGGCGAUAGCUGGAGACCAUCUGGACAACGUGAAUUUGCAAAGGCUAGAGAUCAAGAAUACGGGUUCUUACGGAAUAUUUGUGAAGUCCAGUAAACACGUGACCAUUCGUCAGUGUGAAAUCCACGACACAGACGGAGGGAUACAUAUCGAUGGUGGUGAGAGGAAAACACUGACGUCAUCGGGCAACCUGGUGGAAAACAACCACAUAUGGAGUUUCUCUCGGGCUGGUGCUGUGGGUCAGCAUGGCAUCAGUGUCAAUGGGGUAGGGGCAGUUCUGCAGUUCAACCACAUCCAUGAUGGACGGUAUACAGGUAUAUGGUGGCUGGGUAAUGAUCACAUGAUAAGGAAAAAUCACGUACAUCAUCUGUGCACGGGAGCCUCGGACUGUGGCGGGAUUCACACCGGACGGGACUGGACAUGUAGAGGAAAUGUCAUUAAAGAGAAUCAUAUCCACCACGUGCUUCGCUACAUGCCUGGUGCGCAGGUUCGGGGAAUAAUGCUGGACGAUCAGUACUCCAGCGUAACGAUAGAGAAUAACGUAUUCCACGACAAUGAGUUGCAUAUGAACAUCGGCGGAGGCAGGGACAACAUUGUCCGCCACAAUGUGUUCUACAAUGCUACGCACGCAGCUGUAGGAGUGGAUGCUCGUGGUAUUUCGGGAAAGUUCUCUCAGAUCUUGUUUCAGAGACUAAAGGCAAUACCGUACACAAAUGGCCUCUGGACUAGCCGUUAUCCAAAGCUAGCCCGCAUUGACAGCGAAGAACCCAACUUACCCAAAGGCAACGAAAUUUACCAGAACGUCUUCUAUGGAGGAUCAUCGUCUAGAUUUGUGCCUUUAGGUGGUUAUGACCCAGCUGACUGGUUUAACGUACAUGACAACUACCUGUUUGCAAAACCAACAGACUUUAACCAGCGACGAUCUGGAGAUUACCGAGUGAUAUGCCAGGUUGCUCAGUGGGUGACCAGAAAAGGAUUUUCACAACCACCAACUCUAAACGAAAUCGGUCCACAUCUAUCUGUUGGCCCAGCCUUUAAACAUAGUGCAUUAUCCACGAAGACGAAUAUGCCAUUAAGAACGAACUGUGUGACUACGACUGAAGCUCCCUCAACUAAAAUCCUGCAGCCACAGGUUGUGAACGAUGGAAGCCAGCCCAAUACACUUACUGAUAAAACUGGCUGCUGGCUGAUCAUCGACGGAUGUCCACAGGAGCCAGAGCUCGCUGGAAAACGCCGGGACACCGAGGGGGAGCAGCAUCAUGGAGCAUUGACUGACGAGGACGCCUGUCUAGCCCGUGCUGCUGUACAGUGGAGAGCUUGUGGUCAAUCGUAUUCUCAUACCGUCAAAGCGGUGUUCGGUCCGACAGGCGCGUGGACGGUGGCGGGUCAGGGUUGUUUCAUGGGCAGUUACGGCUGCCCCUCACAUGGCCAAACCAAUGAGGGAAGCCUGGUCAGGGAUGGAUAUGCUGAGGCUCACGGUGGACUGACCAGUGAAGCGGCUUGUCUAGGUCGGGCGGCUGGACAGUGGGUGUACUGUGGGUCAUCACUGGACAAUCCAAUAGUCAGCAUCUUCAGACCUACAGGUUGGUACUGGACAGCGAGUCUCGUUCUGGAAACAGCGGAAGAUGGAAGAAAGAUCUGUUAA